AUGAAAAGUUGUCAAAAACGCAAACAAAAUUCUGGAAAAGAAACUUUCCUGAAUGUUUCGGAAAGAGUGUGGCAAAAAAUCUUUGUGUCCUGCGAAAAAGAUCUGAAAGUUGUUCCAUUUUUAAGGGAAGCUUUUAUGGUAAUGUUGGACGAAUAUACUCAGACAACUUUUAUAGAAAGGCGAUAA